CUUCUACUCUAUUUCAAAGUAUUUUAUAUCAAAACAAUUUUUUUUUUGUAACAAAGAAAUUUUAAAAGAAAAAUCUUUAUUUUUAAAAAGGUCACAAACAGGUCGAAAAAGUUAAUUAAAAAAGUUGAGUGUGCCACAAUUAAAAAGUGAAUAAGUACAGGGGUUAAAUUAUAAUUACAUAAAAGAUUGAAUUCAAUAACCAUUACCAAAACAUACUCACUUUCACUUCUCAGUCGCAAAACGCAUACAGAGAGUGGGAACGACGAUGGCUAACGGCGGUUUGAAGAAGAUGUUAACCCUGGCAAUCGGUGAAGGAGUGUCUUCUGCACGAGCAACGAUAUUCGGUCAUCAAUUGAACCCAACCGGCAAGAAAUCUGCUCACAAAGUUCUCCGCAUGAAAAUGUUUGGUGAAAAAGUCGCUCAAUGGUACCCUCAUGAUAUCAACAAAGAUGACCCUCUUGUUAUGGCUCGUCAACAACAAGAACGUUUAUCAAAGCUUGAAAUGUUGAAGCGUCGAGGUAAAGGGCCACCCAAGAAGGGCCAGGGAAGGCGUGCUGCAAAACGCAACAAAUAAAUUAUACUCUUCCUUAUCUUGAAUUCAUUUGUUGGUUAUACUGUUUUUAAUCAAAUACUAGUAGUUGUUUCGGCAAACACCUUUAAUUUCAUUUAUUUGAUCCGAAUGACAGAUUUUUUGUUGUGUUAUUCCUGGGGAAACUUAAUGUAUUUGAAACUGAUUUUUUUGUGUAUGUUCUUGUGGUUGUGAUUUUCUAAUCAGCCAAGAACCGACAUUUAUUUUCAA